AUGGGGAAAUCAUCUUUUCUCUUGACAAUACUAACAGUUGUGGUGUCUAUUUCAACUACAGUAUCAAAAUCACCCAUUCAAAAUUUUCUCAAUUGUUUUUCAAAUAAUUCUCAUGUGGCUGAAGUCAUUUACACACCAAACAACACCUCAUUUUCAACCAUCCUCAACAAGAGGAUACAUAACAUGAGAUUUAAAACAACAACAACACCAAAACCUUUGGCAAUUAUAACGCCAAAAGAUGCUUGGCAUGUACAAGCAACAGUUAAAUGUGCCAAAAGUAGCAACAUUCAAAUCAGAAUCCGAAGUGGAGGACAUGAUUAUGACGGUUACUCAUAUGUAUCGGAUGUGCCUUUUGUUUUACUUGACGUAUUUCAUCUCAAUUCAGUUGAUGUUAAUGUGCGAGAAGAAACAGCAUGGGUUGAAUCAGGUGCAACAAAUGGUAAGAUUUAUUAUAACAUUGCAAAGAAAAGUAAUUCUCUUGCUUUCCCAGCCGGGGUUUGUUUUUCUUUAGGUUCUGGUGGUCAUUAUUCUGGUGGUGGAUACGGAAAUUUGAUGAGAAAAUAUGGUCUUUCUAUUGAUAAUAUCAUUGAUGCAAAAAUUGUUGAUGCCAACGGAAAAAUCCUUGAUAGAAAAUCAAUGGGAGAAGAUCUUUUCUGGGCUAUAAGAGGUGGUGGUGGGGCAAGUUUUGGUGUUAUUCUUUCAUGGAAACUCAAAUUGGUUCAUGUACCUACACAAGUUACAGUUUUUAAAGUGAAAAGAAAGAUGGAUGAAGGUGCAGCCGAUGUUGUUUUCAAAUGGCAAUCAAUUGCACCAAAAUUAGAUAAAGAUCUUUUCAUUAGAGUGCAACAUGACGUUGUUCCAAUUGGUAAAACCGGUAAAAAGACAGUGCAAGUUAGUUUCAUUGGUCAAUUUUUGGGAACAAUUGAAAGGCUUUUACCUUUGGUGAGUACUAGUUUCCCUGAAUUAGGUUUGAAGAAAAGUGAUUGCAUUUCAAUGCCUUGGGUUAAUAGCACUCUUUUUUGGUAUUUCAGACCAAUUGGUACUCCACUUGAAGCAUUAUUGGAUGAACCAAAAGAAUCUGAAACAUUAUAUUUUAAAGGUAAAUCAGAUUACGUGAAGAAACCUAUUCCAAAGGAAACAAUAGAAUCUCUAUGGAAAUUGAUGAUUGAAGGUGAAGAGAUUAUGUUUAUGCAAUGGAAUCCUUAUGGCGGAAGAAUGGAGGAGAUAUUGCCAUCAGACACACCAUUUCCCCAUAGAGUAGGAAAUUUGUUCAUGAUUGGGUAUUAUCAUAAUUGGGUUAACGGAUCUCGCGAGGAUAUUGAAAGUCAUUUGAAAUUUUCAAAUUCAGUCCAUGAAUUCAUGAAACCCUAUGUCUCGAAUUCCCCGAGGGAGGCAUUCCUAAACUAUAGGGACGCUGAUAUAGGUGCCAAUCAUCCAAGUAAUACAACGAAAAUUGACAUUGCUAGAACUUACGGAAAUAGUUAUUUCAAAGGAAAUUUUAAAAGAUUAGUGAAUGUGAAAAUAAAGGUUGAUCCAGAGAACUUUUUCAGAUAUGAACAAAGUAUACCCACUAGGACAUAG